GUGAUAUCCGGAUGUCUUAUCCUCUUAUAAGGCAUUGGGUGGUAUACAGUAAAAUAGACCUGCUUCCCAGCACUCCUGACAUAGAUUUCUCUAUAUUUUGGAGGGUGGGGGUGACACCUGCAGCCACUUAGUCCCGGCCGUGGUCCCUGUGCAGUAGAGCUGUCACUCCGUUACAGUGUUGCAGUAAUUGACACGUCAGGACAUCCUAAUCCCAGUCACCUGCCCCCUGUAAUCCCCCUGUAUCACGUGGGCAGAGGUCAGUCCUGGGUGCUGGGUGCCAGCUCUCACACAUGCACUGAGAUUUGGGGAGGGGGGUGAGCACCGUGCUCCCAGCUGAAGGCGGAGAUUAGCCGGAUGGCGAUUGGCCGAUGCCUGUCCCUCCCUUUAUAAUAAUUCCCACACUAGGGGCUGUAGUAUACAGCAUCCACACUAUAUACAGUGCCACAGCUGAAGGCCAGGGCACCAGCUAUAUAUACACAUAUGUCUGCACACUGCCCCCUGCCCUGGUCUGACCAUUAGGAGGAGGGGCUGGCACCUUGUCAUCUCACCCUGAUGCCCUCACCCUGACGCCCGUGCCCCUCGCUAUUCUUCGCCCGAGACUCCUUCUUCCUCCCAUAAAGUUGGCUCCUUCUCCCGCUGCCGCCUUGGAUCCCUCGGCUUAUUGCGAGACUCCGGUCUACAACCCGGAUCUCUGCCCCAACAUGAUCGCUGCCCAGGCCAAGCUGGUGUACCACCUCAACAAGUACUACAACGAGAAGUGCCAGGCCCGGAAGGCGGCCAUCGCCAAGACCAUCCGGGAGGUGUGCAAGGUGGUGUCCGACGUGCUGAAGGAGGUGGAGGUGCAGGAGCCCCGCUUCAUCAGCUCCCUCAACGAGAUGGACAACCGCUACGAGGGGCUGGAGGUCAUCUCCCCCACGGAGUUCGAGGUGGUCCUCUACCUCAACCAGAUGGGGGUCUUCAACUUUGUAGACGACGGCUCUCUGCCGGGCUGCGCCGUACUGAAACUGAGCGAUGGCCGGAAGAGGAGCAUGUCCCUCUGGGUGGAGUUCAUCACGGCCUCCGGGUACCUGUCCGCACGGAAGAUCCGCUCCCGCUUCCAGACCUUGGUGGCCCAGGCGGUGGACAAGUGCAGCUAUAGGGAUGUGGUGAAGAUGGUGGCGGACACCAGUGAGGUGAAGCUGAGGAUCAGGGACAGAUACGUGGUGCAGAUCACUCCGGCCUUUAAGUGCACCGGCAUCUGGCCCCGCAGCGCUGCCCACUGGCCCUUACCGCACAUCCCCUGGCCUGGUCCGAACAGGGUGGCAGAGGUCAAGGCUGAGGGCUUCAACCUGCUCUCCAAGGAGUGCCAUACCCUGGCAGGGAAGCAGAGCUCGGCGGAGAGUGACGCCUGGGUGCUGCAGUUUGCAGAGGCAGAGAACCGGCUGCAGCUGGGGGGCUGCAGGAAGAAAUGCCUCUCAGUGCUCAAGACCCUCCGGGACCGGCACCUGGAACUGCCCGGGCAGCCCCUCAAUAACUAUCACAUGAAGACUCUGGUGUCCUAUGAGUGCGAGAAGCACCCCCGGGAGUCGGACUGGGACGAGUCGUGCCUAGGGGACCGGCUCAAUGGCAUCCUCCUGCAGCUCAUCUCGUGCCUACAGUGCCGGAGGUGCCCGCACUACUUCCUGCCCAACCUGGACCUAUUCCAGGGCAAACCCCACUCCGCCCUGGAGAAUGCGGCCAAACAGACCUGGAGGCUGGCCCGAGAGAUCCUCACCAACCCCAAGAGCCUGGAGAAGCUCUGAGCCCACUAAGGACAUGGGCCCCUUCACCCACACCAUGCCAGGAUUACAUGAUUAUUGCGUUUUCCCAAGCAGGGGGCCUCCAGCUGUUGCAAAACUACAACUCCCAGCAUGCCCGGACAGCCGAAGGCUGUCCGGGCAUGCUGGGAGUUGUAGUUUUGCAACAGCUGGAGGCACCCUGCUUGGAAAACACUGCCAUACAGGAGACUAUACCCACCACCAUCCAACCCUUAUCUGUGUCCACUGUUGUUUUGCUACAGCUGGAGGCACCCUGCUUGGGAAACACUGCCAUACAGGAGACUAUACCCACCACCAUCCAACCCUUAUCUGUGACCACUGUAGUUUUGCAACAGCUGGAGGCACCCUGGUUGGGGAAACACUGCAACACAGAAGACUAUGCCCACCACCAUCCAACCCUUAUCUGUGACCACUGUAGUUUUGCAACAGCUGGAGGCACCCUGUUUGGGAAAACACUGCAACACAGAAGACUAUACCCACCACCAUCCAACCCUUAUCUGUGUCCACUGUAGUUUUGCAACAGCUGGAGGCACCCUGUUUGGGAAAACACUGCAACACAGAAGACUAUGCCCACCACCAUCCAACCCUUAUCUGUGACCACUGUAGUUUUGCAACAGCUGGAGGCACCCUGUUUGGGAAAACACUGCAACACAGAAGACUAUGCCCACCACCAUCCAACCCUUAUCUGUGUCCACUGUAGUUUUGCAACAGCUGGAGGCACCCUGUUUGGGAAAACACUGCAACACAGAAGACUAUGCCCACCACCAUCCAACCCUUAUCUGUGACCACCUAGGAGUUGUAGUUCUGCAACAGCUGGAGACACCCUGGUUGGGGAAACACUGCAACACCAGGAGACUAUACCCACCACCAUCCAAUCCUUACCUGGGAUAUGACAUGUAAACCCCCCCCCCCCCCCUCACUGCUGACUUGUCUGGCAGUGCAAUGGUUACUCGAGUUGCUCCAAUACUUCACUGGAAUAUUCUCCAGAUCUUUCCUGUUCUUCAUUCUAGAAGGAUGUAUAACAAUUUGUUUCUAUACUUCUCCACUAAAUGAAGGCUGGGGAUGGGAGUUGUAGUCCACUUCAGUAUUCUGGAUAUGAACCCCUAUGUCCCCCCCUGUGUCAGCAUAUUGUGAGUGUCUGUGAGGUUGUGGAUGUUGUUGUUCUGUGAUCUGGUGACGUUUUGGAUACUACAGGACUUGUAUUCUCUGCUCUGAAGAUACCGGCUGAGAAGGUAGAAUUCUUCUGUUUUUGUAUUGGAAAGAGUCAGAACCCCGAAGUUUACAUUUGCUCGUUCUAGACCUGACAUUCCAUGAAUAUACUUGAAAUGUUAUUUAAAAAAACAAAUUAAAAAAAGAAAACAAGAAAUAUUCAAAUGAAAAAAUUUGAUUUUUGUUUUGUUUGCUUAUAUGAUGGCGCUUGGAAUUCUAUAUAUUUGAAAAUGCACUUGAGAUACACUGGAUACUGAGCGACAUUUUACCAUUGUUGCGAAUUUUAAUUUAAUGACAAUAAAUGACGUGAAAAUA